UCAGUAUAUUACGGUAUUGUUCGUUGGAAAUUGCAGCAGCCAAAUAAGGAAGUGAGUAAGAAAAAGAGAUGGCGCUCCGGGCGAUUGGGAAUCGUUUCUCUAACUUACAUUUUGCCUAUGUCAAGACCCUCUCUACGACAACAUUACAAUGCCGACCUCGAAGUUCGUGUCCCGUGGAAGUGAGUCAUCUGGACCAUUUAGUCCUAACAGUGAAAAGUGUCCCGGACACCAUCAACUUCUACUCUGCAGUGCUUGGCAUGAAGGUGAUCACCUUCAAGGGGGAUCGUAAGGCCCUGGGUUUUGGACAACAGAAAAUAAAUCUGCAUCAAGUUGGCCAGGAAUUUGAACCCAAAGCCAAAUUUCCAACCUCCGGCUCUGCAGACCUCUGUCUAAUUACAACGACUUCUUUGCCUACAGUUGCUGCACACCUGCAGGUUUGUGGGGUCCAGAUUGAGGAGGGUCCCGUGGAGAGGAGUGGAGCAGUGGGCAGCAUAUGCUCUCUGUACUUCAGAGACCCGGAUCACAACCUCAUAGAGAUCUCCAUCUACAAGCAGGCACGUCAUCACGAGAAAAGCCCUACUUAGAGAAUCAUUCAUUAAACUAUGAAACUAAUUAAAAGCAUCAAUAUUUUUGUAUGUGAUUUCUCAAUAAAGAAAAAUCUGAUAUGUA